AUGACCGAGCUGAGCACGCUGCGGUACACCGGCGCCACCUCACCGCCGGUCCGUCUCGAGCAUGUUGUCGCGCUCGAGACCAUCGGCGAGUCGGGCCAGAGCCUGGAAGAGCUGCGAUGGAUGGCAUGGCAAGAGUCAAAGCAGACUGUGUCGGUGGCGGCGUCAUCAUCGUCGUUUGCAGCUGCUCCACCUCCACCUGCGCCGCCGGCCGAGUGGACAGCUGCUGUCCGGGCUUCUCAUGCGGCGGCGGCGGAGUUUACCACCGAUCCGCGGCUGCUCUUGCAAUCAGUCGUCGCGCCUGCGCUGCCACCGCCUGCAGCAGCCGCUGCUCGGCGCGCCGCCGGUGACGUGCGGUCACUUGAGGAGCUUGCCGCCGGCGCAGUCGGCCGGCUUGUCCACGCACAUGCACCGGCGACUCUGCGCGGAGCGUGCACCAAUCCGGGCGACUCUUCGCCUGCCUGCCAGAUGCUCAAGGACUUGGACGCGUUGGUGGCGGGCCAGGUGCUGAGCGAGUGGUGGCCCUGGUGGGUAGCGCGCGGCGCAAACUGCAGGGCGCUGAUGCAGCUGGCGUUCGUGCCGACGCCGGCAACGUCUCGGCUGGCGGCGUCGCUUACCUCGCUCGAUCUGUCGCGGUGCGCGUGGUCGAUGACCGAUGCCAGCGUGGAGCUUCUGGCCUCGGCAAAGCUUUCGGCUCUGAGAAAGCUCUCGCUUGCGUCGUGCCCGCACCUCUCCGACCCGGCGGUGGCCAGCCUCCUGGGCUCACUCACAUCCGGCCUCGAAGAGCUUUCGCUCGCAAACGUGUUUUUUGGUGUCGAGACGCUCACGCAGCUGGCGGUGGCGCCACACGUGGCAUCGCUCAAAGUUCUCAAUCUCUCCCACCGGCUCUCCGAGCCUCUGGCCCAGCGCGGUCAACUCAUGCCGGCCACCAGCCAGGCGCUCUGCGCGCUCCUGGGGUCGGUGACUGCGCUGCGGGUCCUCGACUUGGAUGGUGUCCCAUUUGACGCCUCUGCCAUUUCUGCGCUCAUUGACUCGCCUUCAGUCUCGCGGCUGAUCUCGCUCACAGUCGCACGCAACGUGCUGGUCCCGCCGCAAUUCUGGCUCGCCCUUGUUCCGCAUCUUGUCUCCAUCCGAUACCUCGACGUGCGGCGGACACUCAUGACCGACGAAGCCAUUCUCUUGCUCCUGCAGUCACGCCCCGAGCUGGAAGUCUUCAAGAUCUCUCGCGCUUUGCACUGGGCAGGCACUUUGCAUGUCAUCCAACACGUUCCCUCGCUCCUCGCCCUCUACUUUGAUGCCACUGUCGUGCAUCUCGCCCUCCACAAUCAGGCGGACGUGCGGAUGCGCGCCGAGCUCGACGAGCUACUGGCAACGGCGCAGGACGCAGAGGACCAGUUUAUGAUGCAGCAGGAGUUCAAGACGUACCACAAGCUCUUCUCGCGGUACCUCAACGAAGCUGGGUCGACGAUCAAGUGGGAUAAGAUCCAGCCGCCUGCCGACGACCUGGUCAUCCCGUUUGAAGAGCUGGCGGCCGAGGCGCGGCUCCCGCCCAAGGAAUUGCUCUCAAAGCUUGCGGUGCUCAAGCUCAACGGCGGACUCGGGACCACCAUGGGCUGCGUGGGCCCCAAGUCUGCGAUCGAGGUCCGGGCCGGGCAGACGUUCCUCGAUCUGACGGUUCGGCAGAUCCAGCACCUCAACACGACGCACGGGGUCUCUGUGCCGCUCGUUCUGAUGAACUCGUUCAACACCCACGAGGACACGCUCCGGAUUGUGCGCAAGUACGAAGGUAUCGAGGGCGUCAACAUUUUGACGUUCAAUCAGUCGCGCAUGCCGCGGAUCUUCAAGGAGUCGCUCACGCCGGUCCCGCAGACCGCCGACGAUCCGGACCGCACCCACUGGUACCCGCCCGGGCACGGCGAUGUUUACGCCUCGCUGGAGCGGUCAGGCAUCCUUGACGCCCUCCGCAGCAUGGGCAAAGAGAUUGUGUUCAUCUCCAACGUCGACAACCUCGGCGCCACCGUCUCGCUUCCCAUCCUGGACAAGAUGGUCUCGUCCGACGGCGACAUCGAGUUUAUCAUGGAGGUGACCGACAAGACCAAGGCCGACGUCAAGGGCGGCACCAUUAUCACCUACGAGGGCCGCUCCAAGCUGCUGGAGAUUGCCCAGGUUCCGUCUGACAAGGUCGAGGAGUUCAAGUCAAUCAAAAAGUUCAAGAUCUUCAACACCAACUCGCUCUGGUGCUCGCUGCCGGCCAUCAAGCGCCUGGUCAACGACAAUGCGCUCAACAUGGACAUCAUUGUCAACAACAAGUCGCUCAGCGACGGCUCGUCGGUCAUUCAGCUGGAGCAGGCAUGCGGCGCAGCCAUGGAGUACUUCCGCGGUGCCAUCGGCGUCAACGUUCCGCGCUCGCGCUUCCUCCCGGUCAAGAAGACUUCAGACCUUCUGCUGGUUCAGUCCAACCUCUAUGACCUCGUCUCUGGCUCGCUCAUUCUCUCGCCGCUUCGCAUCGGCGGGCCGCCCGUCAUCAAGCUCGGCGCAGAGUUCUCCAAGAUGGCUGGCUACCAGAGCCGCAUCCUCUCCACGCCUGACCUGCUCGAGCUCGACCACCUCACGAUUUCCGGUGACGUCAUCCUCGGCUCCGACAUCACCCUCCGCGGCACCGUCAUCAUUGUCGCCUCGCACGGCGAGCACAUUGACGUGCCGUCCGGUGCCGUCUUUGAGAACAAGAUUGUGACGGGCUCGCUCCGCAUCCUUGACCAUUAG